AUGUCAAAAUCGGCACGAACGUUUACAUGUUUUCAAUGUCGAAUAGAGCUGCAUCACCGGUCGUCGAAACACUUGUAUCACGUCUCGUCCAGCCUCCUGUCGUCAAACUCGAUAGCUCCUAAGUCCUCAAUUGACAUUAAGCACAUCCGUUCCAAUGAAGCUCUACAUAAACAAAACUGCAUCGAACGAAACUACCGACAACAAGCCAUAUACCCAGCGCGAAUCAACGAAUUACAUGAGAAAUGGCAGCAAUAUCAAGACGAAGCACAGAAUCCGCGCGAGAGAAACAACAAAAUACAAGGGCAGAUCAAGCAUCCGCAGAAGAACGUUCUCCGUUAUGGGAACUCAGCAGAGAUAUCAUCUUUAAAUCAGAUGUCCCACGCGGACCUGAUGGCAGAGGCUAGGGAGUUGAAAAAUACGCUUUCUAGUAUUGAAAAGAAACAAGCUCCUCUUCUCUCCCAAAUCGAAUCUCUUGCUGCUGCGAUUCCCAAUCUGACGAGCGCUGAAACGCCUCGUGGUACCAAGCCUAAUUUAAUUGGAUUUAUCAAUGAUCCCCCGGACACGGAUAGUACAGCCUUGGGUGGAGCGCGACGGUCUCAUGUUGAAAUAGGUCAAGAACUCGAGCUUCUUGAUUUCGCCAGUGCCUCGACGACUACGGGCUGGGGAUGGUACUAUCUAAUCAAUGAAGCAGCGCAGCUGGAGCAAGCGUUGGUUCAAUAUGCGCUCUCCAUUGCGAGAAAAGAAGGCUGGGUUACCGUGUCUCCUCCAAGUCUAGUUUACAGCCAUAUUGCUGCGGCGUGUGGGUUCCAACCUCGAGAUCAGCAUGGAGAGCAGCAAGUCUACAGUAUCCAACAGAAUGCCAAAGACGCUGGUGUAAAACCGGAGCUUAGCCUUGCAGCCACAGCAGAGAUUCCUCUUGCGGCGAUGAAAGCAAAUACAACGAUGAAGGAAGCAGACCUACCUCUGAAAAGAGUUGGGGUUUCUCGAUGUUAUCGGGCUGAAGCUGGCGCGAGAGGUCUUGACACGAAAGGCUUAUAUCGAGUCCACGAGUUUACCAAGGUAGAGAUGUUUGCUUGGACAGUACCAUCUGAUGAAGCGUCAACUGCCGUCUUUGAGGAGAUGUGCAGAAUCCAAACUCAAAUCUUGACUUCGCUUGGACUUCAUUGUAGGAUACUUGAGAUGCCUAGUACGGAUCUAGGAGCCUCUGCGACCCGCAAACGAGAUAUCGAAGCGUUUUUCCCGUCCAGACGAAAGAAGGAUGAUGGUUAUGGAGAAGUCACUAGUGUAAGCACUUGUACAGACUACCAAACUAGGAGACUUGCUACGAAGGUUGCAAUCAAGAGUGACGCCGGCAAGUUCUCAUUUCCAUACACAGUUAAUGGAACUGCUUUGGCUGUACCGAGGAUAAUUGCCGCUAUUUUGGAGAACAAUUGGGAUGAGGUGACGGGCGAAGUGGCUAUCCCCGAGUGUUUAUGGCCUUAUAUGGAUGGGGUGAAGUAUAUCAAGCAUAAACAUAAGAAGGAGACACCGGCCGUCGAUCUAGAUGUACAAUAG